UUUUUGUUCCUAGGGGUGGCUCGAUAUGGCAAGUGCUCGCCAUUCUAUGGGCCCAUCACGCGUUUCAAGUACACUGUUUGAUCAUAAAGAACAGUCUGCUGCCACUAAGCUGCAAGUUGUUGAUCAUGCUGGUCUGGAACCAUCGGAGUCGAAACCACACUUUGCCCUAUCGAAGUGGUCUUUGCAAGAAGAAUGUAACUCCACCUAUGAUGUCACUGAGCAAGCUAGUACUGAGCCAAAGUUGAGGCAUCGAGGAUCAGCUGCUACCCCGGAUGUAAACCAUGAAAGGGAUGCAACCACAUCAGAUUCAUCUACUGGUGCCGGCACUAGCAGUCAUGUUCAAAAAGCGAGAUCAAAAGCGCUAUCAGUCUUUGGAGCAUUGGUGUCUCCAAAACUACGAACAGCCCAAAUUUCAUUUGAAACAGCGCUUGAAUUGAUUGUAGAGCUGGCAAAUUCGAGGUCCAAUAUGCUUGCAAGUUUCUCCCAGUUAAAAGAGUAAAUCUUUUCUUUUGAUUUGAGGUUUUGUACACUGGACAACAUCAAUAAUCAUGGGAUUCAAGCAACUGUAAACUCAAAUUCUGGAAUGCAGCAUAUUUUCAAGGAAGCAUGAAUAUUUUGUUGUGCAGCUCAUUAGCUGUAACCUAAGACAAA